AUGGCAAUGAAAAGCUCUCUUUUUUUCCCUCCGCUCUCUACAGGCCAGUUUGCAAAACGAAAGAAGACUUCGCUAUGGUUCACAGUCUCUCUGCUGGUAGUGUCUAUUUUCAUACUGACCAUAGGUCUGGCAGCUACCACAAGAACAGAAAACGUUACUGUGGGAGGCUACUACCCAGGAAUCAUUCUUGGCUUUGGAUCUUUCCUAGGGAUUGUUGGCAUCCACCUGGUGGAGAACAGAAGACAAAUGUUAGUAGCAUCCAUCGUGUUUAUCAGCUUUGGCGUGGUAGCAGCGUUCUGUUGUGCAAUAGUUGAUGGAGUGUUUGCUGCACGACAUAUAGAACCCAGACCUUUGUAUAACAGAAGGUGCCAGUUUUAUUCAAGCGGAAUAGGAUUCCUAUAUGAUGCCUACCAGACAGAGGUGACAUGUUAUACGUUAAACAGCAAGUGCCAGCUGAAAGUAAAGAGUAACACGUGCUACUGCUGUGACCUAUACAACUGUGAGAAUUCAGAGCAGUCCUCCAGCUACUAUGAAUUUCUCGGAGUGAGCAGCUGUCAAGAUGUGGUUCACCUGUAUAGGCUGCUGUGGUCCUCCACAGUCCUGAAUAUUAUUGGGUUGUUUCUGGGGAUUAUUACGGCAGCCAUUCUUGGGGCAUUUAAAGACAUGGUACCGCUGUCCCAAAUUGCUUUCAGUGCUGCACCUCCUCCUCAGAUCCUGUACAACCCUGCCCAGCAGAUCCUGACAUACGCUGGGUUUUGUCCUUCUGCAGCAACUAUUUCUACGUAUCCGUCCUACCCGUUACCUCUUCAGCCUGCCAGCAAUUUUCCAGGAACAUCAUCUACUGACAUUUCUUUAUCAGAAGAAACUCAGCCUCCAUCUCAGUCCAGCUCCAGCUACGGUCUUCCCCCCAAUGCUCCACCUCUCUAUGCACCGAAUUACUUCUUGCCUGGAGAAAAGCCUCCACCGUAUGCACCAUAGAACAAAGGAUUUAUUUUAAGUAGUCGGUAGGCUCUUUUUAAGUUUUGGAAACUCUAUGCAGUGCAGGCACUAGACUAAUCAAGGAUCCCACUGCAGAGUGUGCUAUGGUCACUCUGCUUUAACCCACCUACAUCUCACUGUGAGCUGAGAGAAUCCUGGAAAUGCAAGGGCAGGUACAUCACUGUUGGGGUUACUACUCACCACUCACUUUGCCUGCAGUCAACUACAGUAUUGUGUUCUGGCUAACAUGAGCAUGAGUUUUUUCCUUCUCCAUAUACUGCAGAGCGACUUUUCUUCAUGACGAGAAAGGAAGAAAACACUCUGGAUAUGUGUUCUGCUUUCAUAAGCCAAUAGAGAGGGGUUUUAGUCUGUGUUGUCUAAGUAGGUAGUUUGGAGCGCUGAGUCAAUCACUCUGGAUAGGAAGAAAUUAGAUGUUUGUUUCCUUGCAGUAUUUAUUAAAUAACUCUUUUUCGGUGAAAGUGUUGUACCAAUAAUAAAAAAAAAAAGUGUGGUAACUAUUUUACAA